GCUGACACAGCCUGGCAUCCCGACUUCUAGGGUUAACCAUGGCAAUGGCAGUGCCGACGUCGCUUGUUACGCCCGCUUUCCAAGAGCCUGGUCUACCACUUUCAAGGCGGGUGCCCCACAGGCCCAGAGCACGGAGCUCUCCGAGCUCCCCAAAGGUCCCUCGUGUGGCUGUCAUAGGCUGUUUUGCUUCCCUUUGGAGGCACCUUCAGAGAUGGCGCCGAGAACAAGCACGACGUGAUGUCACGCGGAAGCUCUUCGGCUUCAACGAUGAGAUGUUCGACUGUGAGAGGCGCCAAACUCUGGCAAAAGACUUCGGCGUGGGCAAAGUCCAAUUGGACAUCACCCACUGGCUGGAAGAGGCGCAACUUGAUGAGAACCUAGCAAAGGAUGUCAUGGAGAAGUUUGGUAGCGUACCACAGCAGGCAGAUGAAGUUGUCGCAGAUGUGGUGCAGCGCAUUCAAAGCGGCGCUCAAAAAUGUGUCGCACCAUCUUCCAUUGUGCAUCCCUUCGGGUCGACAGUGAACGGAUUUGGUGAGGAAUCUUCUGACCUUGAUGUGCUUGUGGCCAUCAAAGAAGAGGAGCUGUCUUACUACAUGAGCUAUGCCAGUUGGGCGCAAAAACAUCAGAGGCUGAGCGAGUUCCUUCUGCCGGACAGCCCCACCGAGCCCUUGUUACCGACCAGGAUCACGUCAAAGAUGGCAAUGUCCCACGCUGUUCAACAGCUUGCUGACUUCUUGCCGGAGCUUGGCUUUAAGGUGUUGAAUCUGUUACCACAAGCCAGAAAGCCUUUGGUGACAGUUGAAGACAUGCAAGGUCCUUUGAAGGAGAUCGAUGUGUCAAUCAAUAAUAGUUUGCCGCUCUACAACUCUCAGCUCUUGAAAGCUUAUUCAGAGCUUGAUGAGCGUGUGCGGCCUUUGGUGCUUUUGGUGAAGGUUUGGGCAAAAGGAAAGCGCGUAUGUGGUGCUGGAGAAGGAAACUUGUCCUCGUACUCUUGGACCAUUAUGGUCAUUUAUUUCAUGCAGCUGGUGGGAAUACUACCAUCUCUUCAGCUUUUGCAGGAAGGAAGUAGGAUCCUGUCCCACUCCGACUAUUGGGGGCAUCCCAGAAAGUUUGAGACUGCUUUCCUGACAGCCAAGGAAUACAAGCAAGCCGUGGCCGAUCAGAAGAUCCCUCCCUGCCAAGCGGAGGCCGAUCUUACUGUGGCGCAGCUACUCUACGGCUUCGUGCGUUUCUUCGCACUGGAGUACCAGUGGGGCAACGAGACGGUGUCCAUGCGAAGUCCAGAGCGACGGGAACCCAAUGAGUGGAUGCGCUUUUUCGGGACGGUGCAUCCAGAAGCGAUGAUUCACAUAGAGGACCCUAUCGAGUUUCGGGAUCUCAACAUCGUCUUGCGGAGAGAGCGUCUUGCUCAACUCAAGGAGGAAUUCAAUCAUGCGCUGCAGAUGCUCGAAGAUGGAUGCAGCCUUGAAGAGUUUCUGACACGAGACCCUCGGCCUGACGUGAUCUUGAUCCCGCUGCGAACAAAACGCCGCAUCAAUAGGAGGCGGCAAAGGUCAGUAGAAAUUCCACGGCUACCUGAGCUGAAGUGAGCAUUCGCCACAAGAAAAAGUUGACAUUUUCGGAGUAGGAAUUUACACGCACAUCAUCAAGACUGCUCACGCAA